AUGUCUGCCGAUUCGAGCUCUCCUCGUCUGGUCGUGAAGGAACUUAGAGACAGUGGGAUGUCGACCGAAGGUGAAAAGUUGAGGCUGGUCAUCAUUGGUGGCGCCCGGGGGGGAAUGUCAGCAGCGGUUCGUGCACGGCGUCUGAAUGAGAACGCAUCGAUCAUUGUUAUCGAACGAGCCUCCUAUAUUAGUUACACAAACUCUUUUGUCCCCUUCACCCUGGGCGGUGUCAUUGAAAGGGAUACGCUGAUCGCAGUCCAAACUCCCGCAGGGCUCAGUGCUCGAUUCAACCUGGACGUGCGCGUCUGUACUGAGCUUGUCAGCAUCUCAAGGGAGCGUCAUUCUAUUACUGUGAGAUGUCGGAAGACUGAUACAAUCUAUGACUUGCCGUACGAUAAAAUGAUCCUUGCGCAAGGCGCCGAGCCCGCUCUUUGUCCUAUUGCAGAUAUAAAAAAAGACAAUGUGUUCCCGUUGCAGACCCUCGCUGAUCUGCAGACCAUCCGGUCGUUUGUGGUGAAAAAUGACUGUCGUGAGGUAGUAAUCCUAGGGGGCGCCUUCGCGGGUCUCAGAGCCGUGGAGAGUCUGUAUAGUUUCGGCCUCCGUGUCAGCGUGAUCGAGGCUGGUGACCGCCUCUGUCCAGAAUUUGAUCCGGAUUUUGCCAAUAUGAUCCAGAAAGAGCUCCUGAAGAAAGGUGUUGGGAUUUAUCUGGGGCUGCAAUGUCAAACAAUCGCAGAGACAAAGGCCGACCUGUGCUGCGUGGAAUUAAGCGAUGGCUCUAGCCUCUCCGCGGACCUGGUAGUCUUGGCCAUGGAACCCAAACCACGAGUCCGGCAUGCUAAGAACGCAGGCCUUUAUGUCAGGAAAGGGAUUGUGGUUAAUGCAUUCAUGCAGACAAGCGAUCUUGACAUAUAUGCAGUUGGCAGUGUGGCAGAGGUUAUGAACAGUAUCUCCCAUAAGUCUCAGGUGUCAUCCAUGAGCGGAACCUCGAACCGACAGGGCCGUCUCGCAGCGGAUCAUAUCUGCAAACAUGCUACGGCGUAUCCGGGAACCUGUGGAACCCAUGUAUACCACGUCUUCCACUUGACAGGGGCGAUCACCGGGCUCUCAGUCUCCGAGCUCAAGCAGAUUGGAUACGACCCUCAAUAUGUGACCAUUCACCAGCCGGACCAUGCUGGGUACUUUCCAUCAUCCCAGCAGCUGACGUUGAGAGUGGCCUUUGAACGAGCGAGUGGCGUCUUGCUGGGUGCCCAGGUUGUUGGACAUUCUGGUGUGGACGGCCGCAUCGAUGUGCUCGCCACCGCCAUGCAGGCGGGGAUGACUGUAUUCGACUUGGAGCAUCUCGAACUUUCUUAUAUGCCACAGUAUGGUUCCAUGAAGGAUCCAGUCAAUCUAGCGGGCUCCGUCGGAAGUAACCUGCUACGGGGGGACCUUCAUAUAGUCCAUCCUCAAAGCCUACAAGGCCAUCUACACGAAUGGCAGAUUAUUGAUGUGCGGUCCGCAGAGCACUUUGCACAAGGCCAUCUACUACUUGCUCGAAAUAUUCCGAUCGACUCGCUGAGGCCAAGACUUGGUGAAAUCGAAAAGGAUCGGCCGGUACUGGUCUACUCUAGGGUAGGCUAUCAUGGCUACUUGGCCUACCGAAUCCUAGUGCAGUCUGGCUAUCGGGCCGUGAAUCUUGACGGUGGAUUCAAGUUGUUUACAGAUGGUGGAUAUCAGCCAGAACUAGCUGUGAAAUAG